GCAACCAUUUUGUACACGAGUGGAAUUUAAUGAAAAUCGAUGCGAGGUGAUAAGUUUUUCAAGAAGCAAGUGUAUAAUUACAUGUUUACCGAAUGUAAUGGAAUUUUAAGUAGAUUACAUUUUCUUGUCCCUUUUUUAUAAUUGGGUCUGUAUAUGAUUAAGAGCAUUUUAAGAACUUUAAUAGUGCACAAAAUAGAAUCGGAAACAAAUUAAGCUGGGUCGGGCUCUGCCUGUUCAGAGAGGAUCGACAUCUUGUAGACAUUUUUAGCAAGGCUCAGACUCCUUGAGAAAAAACUUGAAAAUUCGUCAGAAAGAGGCGUUCAGGUUAUGUAUCCAACGAUGGAUCCACGAUUGAUAGCUCAAGCUCUCAAUUAUCAUGGUCAACCUUUGCAAAAAAUUUGGGAGAGUGAGCGCAAUGAAACUGAAUUGCCAAUGAUGAAUUUAAAAGAACCUAGUUUUGAAAUAUAUCAACAACGUCAGAAAACACUCAAUUUCAGUGAUAGAGGAAAAAGAUUCAAGUUACAGCAGUUUUUGGCUAAAAAAGCUGAUACUCUGUAUGACAAAUCCAAUUUGUUAAGAGCUGAUAAUAUUUUAAAACAACAACCUGGUGAUGAAGAAUUCUAUGCCACUAUGCCUGGACUUGACUCUUUUGUUCCAAUGGAAAAAUCUCAAAGAAUUAGAAAUUUCUUAGAAAGCCUUGUUGUUGGAGAUAUAAUUUUUGCUCAAGUCAUGGGUAAAAGUGCUGCCGGAUUGUUACUUAAAGUUUUGUGCAAUUGUAGUGAUUUUCCAAGGGUUGUUUGCGAUCUUGGAGUAAAGGCUUUGAUAUUAAAUACUGCAACAGUACCUGCAGUUGACAAAAAAGGAGUAACACGGGGUUAUAUGGCUAAUGAUUUGGUCUGCGUUGUUGUUGGUGAAGUAAAUGUUGAAGCUGAAAGAGUUGUAGCUGUUAUGAAUGUACCUGCUCGUGAAGGACAAGUUCAUUAUCCACCAAUGGGACUUAUAGGCGUUGAAGAUCUACCUGAUGCUUACAAAAAAGCAAUGGACAACAAAGGACAAAGUUAUGAAACGAUCAUGGAAAACAGUUCAGGUUUCAACAACCCCAGUAAUAUUAAAUAUUUAAACGACUUGGUUGGACUUGGACAAAGUAAUUAUUCCAACAUGAUAGCUUUGAGAGAUAGAUUUCCACAGAACGAGUAUGCUAAUGAAUUACGUCAGGCACAAGCAAGUAAAUGGGCUUUCCGAAGUGUAGCUGAAGGUAUAGAUCACUUUAAAGCUGGUCGUCAUACAGAAGCAUUUCAGUGUUUGAAUAAAGCUCUGACAGUUGAUCCUCGAAAUGUGGAGGGUCUGGUUGCUCGAGGGGCUCUGUAUGCUAAUAGUGGAAGCUUCAAGAAAGCUAUUGACGACUUUGAAACGGCUCUAAAAUUGAAUCCAGGCCACGCGAACGCCCGCAAAUACAUGGCUGAAACACUGGUUGCUUUAGGUCGCAGUUAUGAAGAUGAGAAAAAAUAUGAAGAAGCACUCAAAGCUUAUGAAAAUUGUCUUGGCAUAGCACCUUAUCAUGAGGAGGCUAAAAACUCGAUUGAUUAUAUUAAAAGCAAAACCAAUUUGCAAAGUUCACUGCCUCCUUCAGUUUUAGAGCCAUUCAAAGUGUUUGAAAGUGAAGCUCUAGGCAUACCACCUCCUGCUCCAGAUCUUGACAUUAAAAAAGAUGGUGGAAGUAGUAAAAAAAAGCGAAAGAAGGAUCGAAGCAAGCGCAUGAAAAAACGCCAGCGUUGGAGUUCUAGUUCAAGUUCAUCUAGUGGCGGUGGAUCAUCUAGCUCCUCGUCAAGCUCUGAUUCUUCUGGUAGUAGUACAGGCUCCUCUGCUGCUAGUUCACGCUCAAACUCACCAGAUAGAGAUCGUUCACCAAGUAGUGGUCGCAAAAAAAAACAUAAGAAAGAUCAUGGUUCAUCACUGUCUCCUCUUUCGAAACGUAUGGCUCAGUACAACAAUCCACCUGCGGUUGCAGCUACUCACGUUCAACCACCAGUAAUGGCUAAUAUUACCAUGGUACCUCCAGUUUUGCCUCCUACUCAUCUACCUCCACCCAUUGCAAGUCACGAUAUGUUGGUGCCUUCGUCACUUUAUACUUCACAUUCGCGAGUUGGAGUCGAAAAGGAGGAUUACGAGGUCAAAGUGCGCAAAUUUCUUGAACAGACCAAGGAUGAUUCUGAUUAUGAAGAAAAGGUAAGAAAAUUUUUGGAGGAAACAGCUAAAUGGAAAAGAGACAAGGAAAAAGAAAAGAAACACUCCGAAGUAGAUAAAAAAGGGAAAAAAAAGAAAAAAGAGAAAAAAGCUAAAGAUAAAGAAGAGAAAAAACUUCGCAAGAAAAAGAAAAAGGAAGAGCGUAAAAAACGCAAGAAGGAUAAACUGGAGCGAGAUUUACAAACUUCUCUACCAGAUUUAGAACAACUCGAAUCUAAACUGAAUGCCUACUAUGCCAAAGUCGGAAAAGACACAUCGGUCAUCAACAGCAACGAAAAAUUGACUGAAACAUUGCGCAAAGAAGAUGAUGUUUUCAAAGCAUACCAUGAGCGAGAUUCACGCUUAUCACAAUCCUUAACAAGAAAAGAUCAACGUAAAUCUUUCCCAGACUUGUUUGAUCAAGAUUCUCAACUAAGUCAUUCCGAGUCAAAAAGUACCAACUUGGAAUCUGGAGCUUUAAAUACAAAAUGGAAAGCUGUACAAUCCUCUAGCAGGCGUGAGUUACAACAAAAGUGGCAAGAAGUACCACCAGAAAAAAAAAUGAAGACAGCAAUUGAUAGUGAAAGCGAAGAUAAUGAAGUAAUACCAAUAGAAAAAUCGGUCAACAUACGUAAACACAUGCAACGAGAAAUUGUUGAAAAGCGUGGAAAUCAACAGUCUGCGCCUACUCCUCCUUCAAUUGGACACAAAGAUUCGCCGCUCAAGGUGCCACAACCAGUCAAAUAUCCCACACCUCAACCCCAAACGAGCUCUUCAAAGUAUCAAGGGUACGGGAAAGAACCAAGCAAGUUUUCGUCUCUUGGCAGCAAGUUCCAACCAAUAGGAUCAGCAAAUGAUCAGCCAACAAAAUCGAAUAAAACCAUGUCGCGCUCUGGAUCCGACAGUGAUAGAGAACGAGCUGCUAGAGAUCGCCGUCCGAAAACAUACGGACCGGAUAGCGGGCGCAGAGUUUCUCGGUCCCGAUCCCGCAGUCGAUCUAGUAGUAGAUCGUCACGAUCUCGAUCGGGUGCCAGAUCACCCAAUCGUCAAUCUCGUUCAAGAUCACGCUCUGGUGACCGACGAUCCGGAAGUUACGAAGGCCGUCGCUACAGCCGAUCUGGCUCACGUAGUUUUUCGCGAGGUAGCCGUUCGCGUUCUCGAAGUGGCUCGCGAUCCUAUUCGCGCUCACGAUCACGUUCGCGUAGCGACGAUCGCUUUAGGCGCAGGCCAUUCCAACGUCAAUUUGGCGGCCAAAGAGGUACAUAUUACAAACCACGUUUCCAGUCGUUUGAUAAUCGUCGAGGAUUUGACAAUCGCCGUGGCAAUUUCCAUAACAACCGCGGAGGCAAUCCACGAUUCGAUAAUAGAUUCGACAACCGUCGAGGCAAUUUCCACAAUAAUCGUGGAGGCAAUUCUCGUUUCGACAAUCGAUACGAUAAUCGCAACAGCAAUGGACGAAGCCGUGGUGGUCGAUACUUCCACAAUAAUCGUCCAAACUUUAGGCGAGACGGAUUCAAACGCUACUCACGCAGCUAUUCCCCGGAUCCUAUGCGCAAGGCUGACGAAGCAAGGGAUCGCAUCAAUCGUACCCUUGAAGAUGGUGGAUCUCGUUCUCGUUCUCGAUCACAUUCUGGUUCGAGGUCAGGAUCGGCGGUACGCUCGCAUAGUCGUUCAAGAUCUCGUGAUCGUCGUCGCGAUAGAUCAAGGUCGAGGUCCGCCACAGGUUCGGGUUCGAGAAAUCGAAAACAAUCUCGUGAUCGAAGUCGAGAAAGAUCCAAUGGUAAACAGCCAGAACAGAAUCAACCACCUCAACCCACCGAAGAAGAAGAUGACUACGAACAUUGGGGAGCAUCGGAAGAAGCUAGCGCAAAGAAAGGGGAUAACUUGGCCGACGACAUUGCUCCUGAAGACAAGGAAUCUUUUUUGCAGCGUAUGAAGAUGCGCAGCCAAAACGUCUUGAUCAAACGAGCUAUUGAAGCAAGGACUUGGUACAGACCAACAUCGCCCUAAGAAAAUAGAAUUAGUAAUUAUUCACUUUUGUCAUGCACUUCUAAGAAAACACGAAUUUCAUUGUUCAUAUGAGUCAAGAUUUUGCAUUAAAUAUUGAUCGUAAUGUGUUUGUUCAUAAUUUACGAUAAAAUAAUGACUAUUAGAAAACUUGACUGGUCUCUACCUGGACUUCAUUAAGGUUCAAAUGUUUGUGUAAUUUGCUUAUGCACUACGCAUCAAAUUUGUAUUUUAUUAUAUUUGCUCUAUAAUUCUGUAAUCUAUUCUUAAAGUGUAAUUUACCGAUAUUUUUUAUUUAAAUUCAAGAAAUCAUAGUUAAUAACUUACUAAACUAGAUAUAACAUUUCAAAAACUAAUGUUUUCUAUAUUUUGAAUAUUGUCACUUUAUUUGAAGCAACCUACGUAAAGAUAUAUUUUGAGAAUUCCAAUUUCUAACAAUAUAUUACCACUGAAGUUCAAAUUAUUAAAAUAUCUGAAUACAAUAAAAAAGUGAUAUA